CCAAAUUAGAAGAUUUCUCUUUUUACAGUGGUUUUUCUGCUUAUUUUCUAUGAUACUGUCGUGAAAAAGAGAAGGGUUUAAUUUUUGGGUUUCCUUCUUUUAAAAAAGAAAAGCCUUGUUGUUUAACUACUGACCUUCUUUUGAACAGAUGUUAGUCUGCCCCAGGGCUACAGAUAAAUCAGGAAAAAACAAAACAAACAAAACCGGUCUCCAGUUCUUCUGCUGGAGAAUUGUGAUGCAGCCUGAAGGCCCCGGAGCGGGAACCCCUUGGGGAAGCCACCUUUGUCCCUGAAGAAUAAAGACCCCCUCCCUGAAAGCUACUUCACCUUUCUUUGGAUUCGUUACUUUUAAUUUGGGGGGGGGGGCAGGCAAGGGACUGCAGGGUGGGCUAGCUGCACCCUUCCUACGGGUGAUUGGACAUCCCUAGGUGUCCUUCCUGGUACACAGGGAAAGGGGGAGCCGCAGAAAAGAAGACUUGGAGGGAGGGGAGAGAACUGAGUCUGGAGUGGUGAGCAAGAGCCAGGUGAAUGCCACACGGGUGUCUCUGAAGGCCUUCCCACAGGGAGAGCAGCUGCGAGAAGCCUAAACAUGCAUCCUACCUCCAAGCAAAGCAGACACCCCUACUUUUCUGCCAGGGCUUUGGGGCGACCCUUUAGGGCCUAGCCCUUGCUAGGGAAGGAAAGGUCCAAAGAAAAUGGGUGGGUUAGGUGCUUCCCACCCUCCGGAAACUGGAAAAGUGGGGCUGUUCUCAAGCUUUGUCAUGUCCCGGUAAGUCAGCUUUGCUCAUGGCUGGUCUUUGGGGUCCCUGUCUAAAUAGAGGAAAGUGGACCCCCGGCCAGAGCGCGCAGCCGCCGGCUUCGGAAGGGGAGGCGCACAGGCCGGGGCUCCUGGGGCUCCACAGGAUCCCCAGGUGAGCCAGGAAAGGCAAUGGACUGAGAGGGCCCCGAGCCCCGGGGUCCACGCAGAACUUCUUCCUUGCAUGAAGCGGGAAGGGUAAGGGGCUUGCCCGUCCUCACCCCGCGAGCGGGCCGAGCCUGCAGCCCCCGGCCCGGGCUCCUGCCUGGCCAGUCUGCGUGGGGGCCCGUCUUGCCAUCCACGCACGCGGUCGACUGAUUUGACAACUUCAGGUUUGGGCCCCUGUGCCCGGUGGCGGCGCGUCAUAAAGGCGGCCCGGUGCCCGGCCCGUAGCCCCCGCGAGGGCAGGACGCGGACCCCCGGCCCUCGCGGAGUCAGCGUCCGAGCAGCAGCGGCGCGGGCGGAGCAGGCAAGCGCGCUCGCCUUCCCUGCAGCCCAAGCGGGGCUCAGCCCAAGCGGGGAGCAGCGAGCCGGUAACAGCGAUUGCUCUUCUUUCCUCAUUUCUGGAAGCCCUGCCUACCACACAGCUGCACCGUACAUCCCAGUUCCUUGAUGGACGAAGAAAGUGAACUGAUCCAGCCCCAAGAGCAGAGCUGCUGGGCCACUCUGCCCGAUGUGUGCCUGCGUCGUGUUUUCUGGUGGUUGGGAGACAGGGACAGGUCCAGGGCAGCCCUUGUCUGCAAAAAGUGGAACCAGAUGAUGUAUUCGGCUGAACUCUGGCGAUACAGGACCAUCACCUUCAGUGGGAGACCUUCCAGGGUGCACGCAUCCGAAUUUGAGUCAGCUCUUUGGUAUGUUAAGAAAUUUGGUCGUUAUCUAGAGCACCUGGAGAUCAAAUUCCUGAACCCCUACAAUGCAGUGUUGACCAAGAAGUUCCAGGUCACCAUGCGAGGCCUUCUCUCAUGCUUGGGCAAGACUAACAACCGUCUGAAAUCACUUUCCAUACAGCAUCUGGAACUGGACCGCCUGGUUUGGAGGAACAGCAUCAGGAGCUCGUUCAUCAAGAGCUUGAGCUUCUUCUUAAAGAAGAUGGGCAAACACUUGGACUAUCUCAACCUGAAAGGGGCCAGGCUGACUGUGGAGCAAGGCUGCCAUGUUCUCAACUCCCUGAGCUACUUAAGAAAUGAGAACAAGGUAUCAGAGCUCAACAUCGAGGACUUCUUCAGCCAUCACCUCUCUGUCUACAGCAGCCCCCAGUUCAACAAGACCAUGACCACAUUCUGCAGCCUGAUGUCCCUGACCCUCAACUAUAACUGUAUCUCCGAUGAGCUGCUGGAGAACUUGUGUGAGAACAAUGCUGGUACCCUCCGAAACAUAAACAUCAAAUGCCACAUCCAUGACCCCCAUGGGCAGGUCAUCUGGGGCAUGUCGUGGGCCAAGCUGACGAAGCAGGCCAUCAGCCUGAAGGUGAACUUCUUCUUCGAGCGGGUCAUGAAGUAUGAGCGCCUGGCCCGGAUCCUCUUGCAGGAAAUCCCAGUCAGGAGCAUCAGUCUGAGAAGCUGCUAUUUCAGUGACCCGGACUGGUCCAUGAGACCCACGCUGAUGGAGCUCCUGCCCAUGUUCCGGAACACUCUGCAGAAAUUAACUUUUGAAUUCAACAACAACCAUGAGUCGCUCGAUGAGGAGCUGCACAUCCUCAUCUUAUCCUGCAGGAAGUUGUUUUACUUCAAAAUCUGGGCUUUCCUGGAUGUCAAGUUUGUGGAACGGAUCCUGAAGAGUCAGGAAGAGGGACAGUGUGCCCUGCGCACACUCAAGGUGAGAAUUUAUACAAACAGAUAUGAGACAAAUGAAGAGGACAGGACGCUGCGGGAAAUUUACAGGAAGUACAGAAAACUGAUCAAUUCAGAACUUAACUAUUUUGUCAUCGCUUACCCCAUGAUGUAAUGAGUGUUAUCCAGAGGAAGAAAGCAAGGAGCACUUUGAACUUAAAAAUCCGGUUGUGGCAGAACUUCACUUGGGGUAUCCCCAGCCCCCACCCCUUUUUCUCCUCCCUCCAUUUUGCCAGUUCCACACCAACAUAAGUGCCCUGGCCAAGGCUGGGACUCCUGGUGUUGCAAAGUCCCUGGGUGAUUUUAAAGUGCUAUCUUUACCAACUAUCCAGGGGUGGUUUCUUUUUUUGUCAUUUGGUUUUGCUUUUUCACACUGUCACUCAGCCAUAGAACUAAAAACCCAAAGCUACUAGGACCAGUUUCUUACCUGGUAACCUCGGUUCCUGUUAACCUGUGCACCUGAGAGAGGGUGCGUGAACAGCAUUUUCCACUGACUGAUAUUAUCAGUUCAGAAAUGCUUUCUUCCCUGGCGGCCCUUCAUGUCAGAGCCUCCUGACACUGACCUUGGCCCUGGCUGAUCUCGGAUGAGUGAAAAUCUGCCAGCAUGUCCCUGAACGAAGCAGAGGAAUUCCCACUUAGAAGGAGACUUCUCAGAGCUGGAACUCCCUUCCACAGAAGUAGCUUAUGCCCUAAUUUAUCUCUUUGGUGGACGCAGAUCUUCUGCAUUUAUUUUUCCAUCCAGGCAGCAUCGUGCCAACCUGCUGUGAAUGCCGAGUCCUCAUGAGGGGGCCAAACCAGAGGUGGCCAUUACAUUCAUAUUUAUGAAGAACUUGGAAUGUCAUGGAAAAUGCUCCUAAUGUAAUGUUAGCCGAAGAAAGCAGGACACAAAACUCGAUAUUUAGUAUAAUAUUAAUUACAUAAAGCACUUAAAAGAAUUUUUUCUUAAGUCUAGAUGAGAUACACCAAAAAUGGUUAUAGUAGUUAUCUCUGGGUAAUGGAAUUAUAUGUGGGUUUUAUCUUUCUUUUUUGUACUAUUCCAUAUUUCUCAAUUUUAUCCCAUGUGUUAUUUUUAUAAUCAGGGAAAGUAUUUUUUUUUUUAAAUAGGGAGUUUGAGCCCUAGAUAUGUAUUGCUUCUGGUCUUUUGAGAUAUUUGUGCAUAUAGUUGCAUGUAAGUUUUUCUUUUGAUAGAUAUAAAUUAUCAAAAUCCCCAAAUAAUUUGACAAGUGACUUUUCAGAUUUUGUUUUGCUUUUGGUAUGUUGUAUCCAUGUUUAUGCUUAGUUUUGCUAAAAUUUAUAUUUGUCCAGUGCAGUCAAUAUUCAAAGCUUUUUCACAUUCAUUCUCUCAUUUGAAUCUCCUGCAAUACUGUUUCAGUAGAUAUUAUUUCCAUCUCACUAAUGUUCAGAAAAGAUCAAUACUGGCCAGGAGAAUGGGGCCCCCACCUGUGGGAGCUCCCAGGUCUGAUACACAGUGAAGCGGGAAGAGCCCUUGGGAACAAUCUAAUGCCAGUGGACCAGAGAGGAGGUGACCUGCCUAGAAUUGGAUUUAAGAACUGCUGGAACUGGGAGUCAAAUUGAAUCUAGUUCCAGAGCUGUGCUCUGGAUGACUAUGUAUUACCUCCCAUGGCAGGAAGAUUUGGAGUCAGUUAUACUGUAUUCCCAGCAAGCAACAGUGUUUGGAAGAGAGGAUCAAUUAAAACUUCUGUUUUAUUAUAUUUAGCUUAGAAAUGCUGGGUAAGAUGAAACUCUUAAGAACAAAAUAUUCUGAGUAAAAUAAAAAGAUAUGAAUUAAUCUUUAUAAUGUU